AUGGGCACUCAAGUCCCACCAUCGACACAGAAGAUACCGGCGUCCAAGAAGAUUGCACCUUGGCCAGAUCUUUACUAUCCCGAAGAUUAUAAGGUUGCUUUGGCGGGCAAGUACACUCCAUCAAAGUUUGCCGAUCCCUGUCAACAUGCCAACAAAGCCUCAAUGCAAUGCUUAGAACGGGCUUUCUACAAUAAGAAGGAGUGUACCGAAUUCUUUCACGCCUACAAGGAGUGCAAAAAGAGAUGGUUUGAGCAAGUCAGAGCAGAUAGGGCAGAGGACAGUCAGAAAAGGGCUGAGGAGGAGAAGCUGGCGAAGGAGCAAAAGAAGAAAGAAUAA